AAAAAAACUUGCGCCCACCAAAUCACGCGUUCCCCACUCCGUUCCCCUCAUGUCCAGCGCCGGCGACCCCGCCGGCGCGGCGGCCGCGGCGGCGCCCAACCCGUCGGUGCGCGCCCCGAGGCUGCCCCGCUGGACGCGGCAGGAGAUACUGGUGCUCAUCGAGGGCAAGCGCAUGGUUGAAGUCCGCGGCGGCGUGCGCGGCGGGAGGGGGCGCCUGGCGGCGGCGGCGGCGGCCGGGGCUACAGGGGAGACGGCGGCAGCGGCGCUGGAGCCCAAGUGGUCCGCGGUCGCGGAGUACUGCCGGCGGCAUGGCGUGGAGAGGGGGGCCGUGCAGUGCCGGAAGCGGUGGAGCAACCUCGCUGGGGACUGGAAGAAGAUAAAGGAGUGGGAGCGGGCGGCAGCCGGCGCGCGGGAGCCCUCGUUCUGGGCCAUGCGCAACGACGCGAGGCGGGAGCGCCGGCUCCCUGGGUUCUUCGACCGCGAGGUGUACGGCAUACUCGAAGGUCGAGGUCGGGGGGUCGUCGCCGGCAGCAGCUCCGGCGGUGGUGCCGCCGUGGAGGAAGUAGGGGUGGUGCGCAUGGAGGAGGAUGAUGAGGAGGAGGAGACAGGGGAGGAGGAAGAGGAGAGAGGGAAGGGGAAGGAGGUGGCAGUGGCAGUGGCAGUGAAGGAGACCGUGUUUGACAGUGGCCGGCCCGCCGGGGAGGAGGUGCUCUUCUCGGAGGACGAAGAGGAGGAAGAUGCUGAGACGCCAGAGGCGACUCCCGCACCACCGCCGGCGGUCAUCGCCCUGCCGAUUUCCGAGAAUUCAGAGGCAUCAAGGCAGCAGAGCGCACAGCAAGGCACAACAAAAGGCAGGCAAGGAGGGCAUCAAGGCAGCACCAAGACAGCAGGCUCACCGACACUGCAGCAGAGUGGGGAGAAGAGGCGGCGAACCGGCGACGACGGUGAGCCCAGAGCAGAAGGCAUAGCAGACAAGCUGCUGGAGAUCCUAGAGCGGAACAGCCAGAUCAUGACGGCGCAGCUGGAGGCGCAGAACGUGAACUCGGAGCGCGACCGGGAGGAGAGGAGAGAGCAGGCCAACAGCCUGGCCGUCGUGCUCGGCAGGCUCGCCGAUGCUCUUGGCAGGAUCGCCGAUAAGCUCUAGCUGCCUGGAGCUGGAGCUGCAUGCCUGGACAGAAGAAGUUGGGUGUACAGAUUGGUAUAGGAGGAUGAUUGCUCUCCUGGCAUUUGAUUCCUUUUUCUCUUUGUGAUGAACUUGUUCCGGAAUUCAGUCCGGAAGGGUGGGGAUUUAUCAUGUAUGUAGAGUGAUAAGGUUAUAUAUAAUAUCUAUACUGUAAUUCAGGUGAUCUGAUUCUUAACUA